AUGCGUAUCACCGACCCUAGUUUUUUCAUGGCUGCCGCCUUAAAUAACCGUGGUGGUUGUGCCUAUGUUUGUCUUAUUUAUGGAAUGUAUUACUGUUUUAAUACUGCUUCUUCAACCAAAGGGGAUCCACAAGGAGUGUUAAUUCAUGCUGUCGAACCCCUUGGUCACCAUACUAUUCCAGUUACUUCUCUUCACAACGAAAAAAAGAAAUUUCAUUACUACACUAAUGGUCCCGGCAAACUAUGUCGAGCAUUGAAUAUUGAUAUAAGUCUUAAUCAUACCGAUCUAACCACUAGUGGUUUAAUUUAUAUAGAAGAUCAACCCGAACCCAGCCAAGACAAGAUUGUUGUUACUAAGAGAAUAAAUAUCGAUUAUGCUGGAGCAGACAAAGAUCGCUUAUGGAGAUUCUAUAUUAAGGAUAACCCUUUUGUUUCCCAAAAAUAA